AUGAACGACUCGGUGCCUGAUACUCCCGUCCGGGGCAACAACUCUGCGCCAGGCACACCUGACCAGGAAGACUACGAGACAAUCGCCACCCUGCCUGCGCAUUCAAUAACGCCUACUCAGCGAUUGACGCAGCCUACUCAACUAGUCGACAUGCCAUAUUCACAUUCGAACAAUAGCACCGUCGUUCAGGUCGCUGCCUCGUCACCACCUGCUCCGGCCCAUUCUCCCCCUCGGCGCGGAGGCCUUUUAUCGUCUCUCAUGGCCCCCUCUGGAACUCAAUUCCGUCCUCCUCCAAACUCCCUCGGUCCUGCGAAAAGAACCCCCAUCCUCGACUCCGAAGAUGGUCCGACAUAUCGAGGAGGUUCUUCGGACGAGGACGAAAACUACACUGUGCGAAGCGGCGACAUCAGACCCGCAAUGUUUGGAAAAGAUCGCAGCCCGGAGAAGGAGAAGGUCGCAGAGUCGCCUGUGCGUCCUGGGGCUGGCCCCAUGGAUCGGUUCAGGGAAAUCACUGCCUCAGCUAUGUUUGAUCCCAGUGCCAAUGGCAUCAAACGAUCUGCCGAUCAAAUGAGCCCUGCGGGUGCUUCCAAGGGGGUUGCCAUGAAACGGGCCCGACAAGAUGCGCCUUCCCGCGCCCAGCCCGUGAUUUCCAUCAAUGCAGAUGACAGCAUGCUCGACUACCGGAUUCGAGUCAAGGUUGAACGCAUUCAAAAGGUCAUGCCCAGCAAGUCAAACCAGGAAUGCGUGGAUGCGCUCAGGCAAACCAACGGAAACUUUGACGACGCUAUGAACUACCUCGUCAAUAGUGACAUGGGUAACGACCCGGUGCACGAUGUCAUCCCAAUUGAGUCUUCUGAAGACGAGUUGAGCGCCUCGCCUGCUCUGAAGGGAGGCGCUGUACCUAUUGCCAAGCAAAAGAUCAAGGCUCGCGGUACCAUUCAUGACAAAUGGGCUGCGAUGAAUUUGCCAGCCGGAUCAACUCACAAGGAGCCUUUGGAUGAAGCGAAGCCGCGAGGUCGUCUUGUGCGAGGCCCAAGAAAUCGGGCGUCCUCUCCUGUGGCCAUCACAAUUGACUCCGAUGAUUCCCCUCCCAAAAAGCAGCUCAGCCGACUCCAGAAGGGUCGACGACGACUGUCCUCUGCAUCUGUCGAGGCAGACUUUUCCGACUCCAACGAUUCGGAUUUCUUUAACACCUGUAACGUUCGCGAUCUUGCCGAUAUCGCUGCUGUCCCUCAAGAGACGGCCAAGGUGAUAACCGACAAUCGUCCAUUCCACUCUCUUGACCAUGUGCGUUCGGUCAGUGCGCCCGUCGACCCGAAUGCCAAACCGAAAGGCAAGGGCAAGCCUCGCAAGCCACCAAAGCCGAUUGGCGAGAAAAUUGUUGACAAGUGUCUGGAUAUGUGGACUGGUUAUCUAGCUAUUGAUGCUCUUGUCGCCGAAUGCGAGGCUCUGGGACGACCUGUUGCUGAUGAAAUGAAAAAAUGGGGUGUGGAUAUCUUUGGCAAGCGCGACGGAGAACUCGAGCUCACGACUCUCGGUAAUGGCGCCGCCAGUUCUCACGAUUCUGGUAUUGCGACACCUUCUUCGAAACAUCAGUCCCCUGAUGGAACGGCAGACGACGAUGAUGAAGUUGUUGUUGCGGUCUCUCGCAAGCCCAACAACGAAUCUCGGUUCAUCUCACAGCCGUCUAUCAUGGCUGAUGAUCUAGAGAUGAAAGAUUACCAGGUCGUAGGCAUCAAUUGGCUGAAUUUGUUAUUUGAGAAAGACAUGAGUUGCAUAUUGGCAGAUGACAUGGGUCUUGGGAAGACCUGUCAAGUCAUCGCAUUUCUUGCUUCACUUUAUGAGAAGGGUAUCCGGGGCCCUCACCUCAUUGUCGUGCCUUCUUCGACCAUUGAGAACUGGCUUCGCGAAUUUCAGAAGUUCUGUCCGAAACUGAAUGUCAUGCCAUAUUACGCUGGAAUCAACGAACGUGCCGACAUCCGUUACCAUAUUCAGGAUAACCGCGACGACAUCAACGUCGUUAUAACUACUUAUACCAUUGCGAAGGCCAAGGAUGAUGCUAAAUUCUUGCGCGAGAUGAAGUUCACUGUUUGUGUCUAUGAUGAAGGCCAUGUAUUGAAGAACUCCGACUCACAGGUGUACGAAAAGCUCAUGCGCAUUUCGGCCCGCUUCCGUCUCCUUCUCACCGGCACGCCGCUGCAGAACAACCUGCAGGAACUGGCGUCUCUUCUCGGCUUCAUCUUACCCCGAGUGUUCCAAGAGCAUAAGGAAGAUUUAAAGGCAAUCUUCUCCAACAAAGCCAGCACCUCAGAUGAGUCUCACGCAACACUGCUGUCCGCACAGCGCAUUGAACGUGCUAAGUCCAUGCUCAAACCAUUCGUGCUCCGCCGCAAGAAGCAUCAGGUCAUUGACCUGCCCGCCAAGCACUCUCAUGUCCAGUACUGUGAGAUGAAACCGUCGCAGCGUACCAUAUACGAUAAUGAGAAGGAGCAAGUGCGUCUGCUUCUAGAAGACCGUGCCGCUGGCAAGAAGACUGGCUCCAGGUCUGCCAACAUUCUCAUGAAGCUCCGUCAAGCCGCCAUUCAUCCACUUCUCCGCCGCCAACACUAUACCGACGCCAUUCUCCAAAAGAUGGCGAAGGCUUGUCUCAAGGAAGACAAAUGGGCCAUGUCUGACCCCAACAUCAUCUUCGAGGAACUUCUGCCCUACAAUGAUUUCGAGUGCCACCACAUGUGCAUCGACAACCCGAAUUCGCUGGGCAAGUUCAAGCUCAAGAAUGAGGAGUGGAUGGACUCAGGCAAAGUCGACGAGCUGCGCGCGCUCCUGAAGCGUUUCAUCGAGAAUGGCGACCGUACUCUGAUUUUCUCGCAAUUCACCAUGGUCAUGGACAUCCUUGAAAAUGUCCUCCAGACCCUUCAGAUCGAAUUCGUCCGUCUGGAUGGUCGCACCAGCGUCGAGGACCGCCAGUCUAUCCUCGACCAUUUCCACGAACACACCUCUAUUCCCGUAUUCCUCCUCUCCACCAAAGCAGGUGGUGCCGGAAUCAAUUUAGCCUGCGCCAACAAGGUCAUCAUCUUUGACUCCUCCUUCAAUCCCCAGGAGGAUGUGCAGGCUGAGAACCGCGCCCACCGCGUUGGUCAAACUCGUGAGGUCGAAGUCUUCCGCUUCGUCACUCGCGACACUAUCGAGGAGCAGAUCUACGCCCUUGGUCAGACUAAGUUGGCACUUGACCACGCUGUCGCGGGUGAAGAUGAGGGCUCCGGCAAGAAGGGAGAGGAGGCGGGCAUGAAAGCUGUCGAAAGCAUGGUGCUGGCGAAUAUGCAACAGGACAAGGGUACUUCGAAUGGUGUCGAGGUGUCGAGGUGA